AUGGAGAAGCUCAGGAGUUCGUUGUCGAAGACUCUAAAAGAUCUCGGCAGUUCAUUCUCCGAGGAUGUUAAUAUGGACGACAUGUCCGAUUUUAUUCCAUCCCCGUAUGAAGGUGCAUUAUCCAAUUGUGGUCCAGAAUCUAGUGCAGAGCUUGUAGAGAAGAUUCCCGUACGCAAUGCCGUCUCUUCAACACCAGUAAGUGACGACGACAUUAUUGACAGCAUCGAUGCGUGCUAUUUCAUAGAAGAUGACUUUGACGCUAUCGACUAUGAGUUGAAGGUAAACACAGAGCUCAAAGAAAGUUCUGUCUAA